CGCUGAGUGGGUGCACCGGGGGGCACGUGGUGUGCGGGCUGGUAAUGGCGGUGCCUGGCAACCGCGUGUGAGAGCGGGACCCGGAGCCCCGGCACCGCGUGUGAGAGCGGGACCCGGAGCCCCGGCACCGGGUGUGAGAGCGGGACCCGGAGCCCCGGCAACCGCGUGUGAGAGCGGGCUAGGCCGGAGCAGCAGGACCCGGGCCGAGCCACACGAUGGGGAAGUGCAGCCGGACUAAGAACCAGAAGAAAGCUCGGGCAAAUGCAAUCCACCUCGCGCAGGAGGACUUUGCCAGCGUCCCUCAUUCCUUUGUCUUCCACCGAGGUCAAGUUGGACGUAAUGUGCUGCAGUUGAUCACAGAUAUGAGGCGGGUGAUGGAGCCUUACACUGCCCGCUCGCUGACGGUGCGGAAGAAGAACUUGCUGAAAGAUUUUGUCUCGGUGGCUGGACCGCUUGGGGUGACGCACUUCUUAAUUUUUACAAAAUCACCGACAAGUGUAAACUUUAAAUUAGCUCGUUUACCAAGAGGCCCCACACUGACUUUCAGAGUUCGCCAGUAUUCCUUGAUGAAGGAUGUCGUCUCGUCGCUGAAGAGGCACCGGAUGCACGAGAGCCAGUUUACCCAUCACCCUCUGCUGGUGCUGAGCAACUUUGCAAAGGCUGGCAUGCACAUCAAGCUGAUGGCCACCAUGUUCCAGAACUUGUUCCCAACAAUAAAUGUCUAUAAGGUUGGCCUAAACACCAUUAAGCGCUGUGUCCUGGUAAACUAUAACACCACCACUCAACUGAUUGAAGUCCGGCACUACUCCAUCAAGGUGGUUCCUGCUGGGAUGAGCCGCGGUGUGAAGAAACUGCUGCAGGAAAAGUUCCCCAACAUGAGCAAGUUUGAAGACAUCAGCGAGCUGCUGGUGAAAGGAGCCAAUCUAUCUGAAAGUGAGGCUGAGCAGGACGGAGACCACAACAUAACUGAGCUACCGCAGCAUUAUGCAGGCCGUGGGAACUUCAAGGCUCAGCAGAGUGCGAUUCGCCUCACAGAGAUCGGCCCCCGCUUAACCCUGGAGUUGGUGAAGAUUGAGGAAGGGAUGUGUGAUGGAGAAGUGAUGUACCAUUCGUUUGUUGGAAAGUCAGAGGAGGAAGUCCAGCAGCUGCUUCAACGUAAAGAGAAGCGACAGAGACUGAAGGAGGAGAGAAAGAAAAGGCAAGAGGAAAAUAUUCGUCGCAAGAAGAAAGAGCGAGAGCAGCACAAGAAGAAGAGUCUGGAAGGGAUGAGGAGGAAGAAGCUUCAAGUAGGUGAGGCUGAAGGCGACAGUGAGGCUGAAGACCCAGGUACUGGCGAGAAUCAGGAUCAAAGUGACAAGUCUGAGGACGACUCAGACCGGGAGCAUUACAGACAAGAAGUUGGAGUUGAACCAGAUGACGAUCUGUUCCCAGGGGCUUCGAACAGGAAAAGGAAGAGAGACAGAUCGUCUCAGUCUUUUGGGAAAGUCAAGAGGUGGAAGGGCCCAGAGGAAGUUCCCAACAAGCAGCACACUGAGCCAAAACCUGAAAGCAACAGAAGGAAGAAUUUGCAAGGGAGGAAAUCUCAUCUUGUUGGCACUUCACUUGGUAAAUCCAGAUUCAAGAGCUCGAUACUGAAGAGUAAAGUGGCAUUCAAGGGCAAAGGUCGUCAACGUAUGAACUCCAAGGCCAAGGGUGAACAUCCAGGUUCCAAAGGCAGAGGUCAACGUCCAGACUCCAAGGACAAGGGUCAACAUCCAGGUUCCAAAGGCAGAGGCCAACGUCCAGACUCCAAGGACAAGGGUCAACAUCCAGCUUCCAAAGGCAAAGGUCAACGUCUGGGCUUCAAGGCCAAAGGUCAACGUCUGGACUCCAAAGGCAAGGGUCAUUCUCAUAAAAAGCCCCAAAUAACCCAGAGGAGAAUGUCUCUUCUUGGAGUGUGGUGUGACGACAACGUGAUCUUCCCAGGGUGUAACUGGGGCCUCGGUGCUGGGGAUGUUGACCUGGGAGAGGACACUGAUGUUGCUUCACUGAUCCUCCCAAUUGCUCAGUACAGUGAACGAUGUGUCCUCGGGACCCUGGAUCGAGGGAGAGAGGGAGAGAGAGAAGAAAACAGCCGAUCCAUGGAAGGACAAAAGAACAGCUUCAAUGCUUCAUACAUAGAAAACCUACAGCACAAUUCAAGCCCUUCGGCCCACAAAUACGCUGACAUCCAGAGGUCACUCUUGCCGCCGUUCUUUGGGGUGGAGUUUGUCGUGGCCUUUAUCGGGAACACUCUCGCAAUCUGCCUGUUCCUGAGGCAAAGGAGGACCUGGCAUUCAGGCAUUGUCUAUGCCUUCAGCCUGGCUGUCAACGACUUGCUGUAUGUCAUCACCCUGCCCCUGCUGGUCGUGUACUACUCCAUUGGCAAGCACUGGGUGUUCGGCGUGGCCCUGUGCAAAGUCGAGCGCUUCCUCUUCACCUGUAACCUGUAUGGGAGCGCCCUGUUCAUCACGUGCAUCAGCCUCAAUCGCUACGUGGGCAUUGUGCACCCCAUGUUUGCCCACAGCCACCUGAAGCUAAAGCACGCCAAGAUCGGGAGCCUGGUGGUCUGGCUCCUCGCUGGCGCCAUCACCUCACCGACCUUUGUGUUCUCGGAGGUGAUGGUGAAGGAGAACAAGACCGAGUGUCUGGGCUCCGCCAGCGACGAGGCGUUGCCGAGGUACUUCACCUACAGCCUGUUCCUGGCGGUGGUGGGCUGCGCCAUCCCCUUCCUCCUGACCUUCGUCUCCUACCUCUCCAUUUUCAAGGAGGUGCUCUGCAGUCAGAGCGUCAGCAAGUCGGAGUGCAGGAGGGUGGGUCUGCUGGUGUGCACUGUCAUCGUGCUGUACGCCGUGAGCUUCAUCCCCUACACGGUCUUGCGGAACAUCAACCUUUACCGUCGGCUGUACAGACUGGACAAGGGGAAGCCCAGCCCCAUAUACACAGCCUACCAGCUGAGCAAGGGCCUGGUCUCCCUCAACACCUGCAUCCACCCGCUGCUGUACGCCACCCAGCUGGACAACCUGAAGGAGAUGUUCCUGGGCUGUGGGAGACAGAGUGUUAGCACGCAGGAACAUUAACCCCACCCCACGCCACCCCCCAAACCAACACCAUCAAGUGCCAGAGACUGCUGCACUCUCGUUCCUUCUGUAUUGCUGGUCUUUCAUUGGACAAAAUCCAUGGUCAGAAGGGGGCUGCUUGGCUCACUGGUCGGGAAGGAACCUCCCAGCCGAACCUGCCGACACCCUCAGUCCUGGUGCGGGGUCUCAACCGGACUCGUCGACCAUCCCUUUGCCUUUGCUUGGCCCGCUGAGUUCCUGGUUUCAGGUUCCGAAAUCUGCCAUCUCUGGUGGCCCCAGACCUGUCCCACCCCCAGCACUGGGUCCGUGGUCCUGCAGGGGACACUUCUUCGAGCACAGCUCUGACUGUGGGGAGAGGGCGGGCAAGUGUGACCGGCUGGGUUGCCCUUAGGUGGAGCUGGGAUGGAUGUGAUGGGCCGAAUGGGCUUCUUCUGUGCUGUAACCACCCUGUAACAUCUGCAGGCGGAGGAGGAGGGGGAAGGGGGGUCAGAGGGAUAUCCCUGGAUACGGAGUGUGUGGGAGAGAAGGCCAGUUGGAAAUUCUCAACCACAUCCUGAACUAUCAAAGACGAGAAGUAAAACUCAGAUAAUCCAGCAUCCGAUCAUUGGGAAACCCUGGUGGUCUGGCACCUGGCUCGCUCAUUAGUCCAGAGUGUAAGUCAAGGGUCCAGAGUCUAGUGCAGCCGGAACACAGGGGUCAGGAACGUUGAUGGGUUUGCGGCUGGAUCCAGGGUCUGGAGUGUUUGUGUAUUUCCCAUCCCCUUUAAACAGUCUGGGUACACUGGAAAACUUAUUAAACUACAGUGUAACAAGGAAAAAAAGUGAAAUCAAAGUAUAUCUGUGUUUUGUAAAAUGAUGUGAGGUAUGGUUAGGGAAGUUAGCUCGAGUCUUUUUCCCAGGGUGGAAAUGUCAGACUGUUGCUUAGACCACAGUUGGAGCACUGUGUGCAGUUCUGGUCACCACACUACAGGAAGGAUGUGAUUAAGCUUGAGAGGGUGCAGAAAAGGUUCACGAGGAUGUUGCCGGGACUGGAGGGCUUGAGUUAUAAGGAGAGGCUGGAUAGGCUGGGACUGUUUUCCCUGGAGUGAAGGAGGCUGAGGGGUGACCUUACAGUGGUUUCUAAAACUCUGAGGGUCAUAGAUAAGGUCACAGUCUUUUUCCCAGGGUGGGGGAGUCUAAAACUGGAGGUCAGAGGUUGAAGGUGAGAGGGGAAAGAUUUAAAGGAAGGCAGAGGUUGGUGGGUACGUGGAAUGAGCUGCCAGAGGAAGCUGCAGAGGUGGGUACAACUAUAACGUUUAAAAGACAUUUGAAUAGGGACAUGGAUAGGAGAGGUUUAGAGGGAUAUGGGCCAAACGCAGCUAAGUGGGACCAGCCCUGAUAGACAUCUUGGUCAGCAUGGAGAAAUUGGGCCGAAGGGCCUGUUUCCGUGCUGUAUGACUCGUUAUGACUGGAGGGUAAAGGUUUGAGGUGAGAAGGGGAAGGUUUAAAGGAGAUUUACCAGGCAGUGAGUGGUCGGUGGCUGGAACAGGUUGUGGGCGGAAGUGGUAGAAGCAGGUACAAAGGUAACGGUUAAGAGGCAUUUAGACAGACACAUGAACAGGCAGGGAAUGGAGGGAUACAGACCGCGUGGGAUUAGUAUAGAUUGGCAUCAUGGGCGGCACAGACAUGGUGGGCCGAAGGGCCUGUGCUGUGCUGUUCUAUGUUCUCUAUAUAUACCCAAGUACUGUAUUGGUAUUGGUUUAUUAUUGUCACUUGUACCGAGGUGCAGUGAAAAACUUGUCUUGCAUACCGAUCAUACAGGUCAAUUCAUUACACAGUGCAGUUACAUUGAGUUAGUACAGAGUGCAUUGAUGUAGUACAGGUGAAAACAGUACAGAGUAAAGUGUCACAGCUACAGAGAAAGUGCAGUGCAAUAAGGAGCAAGGUCACAACUUUACUCUUCACUCUCUCCAGUGCAGUCACAACUUUGACCAGGACUGUGUGGACAACUCUGGGUGUGGCCCAACUAGUGUUGCUUCCUGUCCCGGUUUAACCUCCCGGCUCUUAUAUUCUGCACCUCAUCUCACAUGCCUUUUACACCACCUUAUCAGUCUAUUCUGCUAACUGAAGGAUCUCUGAACAAAUGCUCCAAGGUCCCUCCAUCCCUCCACACCUCUCAAUAUCCUGUCAUUUAUUGUGUAUUCCCCGAGCCCUGUUGUAACUUCCCAGAAGUAUGACCUCACGCUUGUCUGGAUUAAAUUCCCUAUUCCCAGUCCAUCUCCAUCUUCCUGUUGACUGCAUCUUUCCUCCUCACCGCCUCCACGCUCAAUUUUUGCAUCAACUGCAAACUUCUUUAUCAUGCAAGUCUGAAUUAUUUGCAUGUACCACAAAAAACAACGGACUGAGCUCCGAACCCUGUCAAACCUUGCUGGUUACAGCCUUCCCGUUCCUAGUUGCCCUUUCAAAUAUUUUGCUAGGCCACUUCAGCAAGCAUUUUAAGGGCACACAUUGGUCCUAGAGUCACCAAUAAGCCUCAUUCGUGUACUGGGUCAUUAGUGUACCGGGUUAUUCGUGUACCAGCCCGGAUACUACACGGUCAGGCAGAUGCACCUUCACUUUUAUUGACACCAAUUUUACUUUGCCCAAUAUAGUUGUGCUUUAAUUAUAUUUGAAAGUUUCAGUGAGAUUUGAAAACAUAUCUCUGGAUUUUUAAAUACAGGAAAUUCACCAGGAUGUUGCCUGGAUUGGAGGACUUUAGUUCAGGGAGAGAUUGGACAGGCUGGGUUGUUUUCGAAGGAGGCUGAGGGGUGACCCAAAAGAGAUGGGUAAUAUUAUAAGUGGGAUGGAUAGGGCAAGUAGUCAAAAUCUUUUCCCCAUGGUCGGGGUAUCAAAAGCAAGAAGACGUGGGUUUAAGGUGAGAGGAAAGAGUUUUAAAGGGGAUCUGAGUUGUUUGUGCAGAGGGUGGUUGACAUCAGGAACUCGCUGUCAGAAUGUUCAGAUACAAUCACUGCAUUUAAGAGGCAGACAUUUAAAUAGGCAAGGCAUAGAAGGAUCUGGUCCUAAUGCAGGCAAGUUGGAUUAGUGUGGAUGGGCAUGGACACGAUGGGCCAAAUGGCCUGUUACUGCAUUGUAUGACUCUGUAUGAGGAUUCUGACAUAGCUCUGGCCACACAAGUACUGAUUGCCGGCACACAUUCACAUCAUCAGUGGGCCUUCAUUACAAUAUCUCCCACCCAAAAAAACUGGGGACACAUUUACAUUGAAGAAACGGCUGAGCUACUGACAUCAUCAGUGGAGAUAACAUUUGCUCAGCAGUGACUAGAUACGGCCCAACAACAAUGGUUCAGUGGGUUUGUCCUGAGAGGGCAGAGAGAAAUUCCAACCCGUAGUUCCAUCCCAGGAGCACAGACUUCCUGGAAUUUGCAAUCCCUCAUACGACGGAUAAUUCUUCCAUUGGCCUCAUGGUCGACCAGCCACAUGAGCGAAGAUCAAAGAGUCAGCACAGGGCUGGACAGGCCUCUGGGAUCCCUAGGCUGACAGGGACUGGUUGGUUUUGGUGACAGGGAAGGGAAGGUCAGGGGUGGGAGGAUGUGGGGCAUCUGUUGUCCACCUGUUACUGACGUACGUUGACGGGGUUCAUUCAGGGUUACGUUUCUGGCUGGACUGAACCAGUGGGAUUGGCACUAACAUUUCAAGUCUCUGAUGGAAUGGGUCUGAUGAGCAGGAGGCACCUCCAUCCCAGUUCUUUCUCUGUAAUGGGAUCCAGGCACAGGGUAGGGACCUCUGCUCGACGUAGCCCCUUCCUCAGAGUACCGUGCACACUGGGUGGUGGUCAGAGGGAAUGUCACACUACCCACUCCACAGCUGAGUGACUUCACCAAAUCAUGAUUGAAAAUUGUGCUUUUUAAUUUUCUCAAUUUUAAAUAAAGUAUUUUGCUCCCGAA